CGUUAAAAAAAGAUAAUUUUUACGUUUGUAAACUAUUUCAUCAACAGAUGUAGGUAACACAUUUAGUUACAACUGCUGCCCGUUUUUUACACCGAAAUCAAUACCUACAGUUUUUGGACAGGACAUGGCACAACAUUAUUGUCACGUAUUUCGUGUAUUCGUAACGAAAAUGCAUUCAACGAUGGAGGAAACAUGUUUUGUUUGACACAAUGAUAAUAUAUCCCUUCAUCGGACCAAUAACUGACGAUCAAGUUGAUAUAUUUCGCGUUCUUGAAAAAGUUAUGUGUCUAGCAACCGUCGAUGAAGAGUCUGCUGAGUUGUACAGAGCGGUCAGUGAGAAUAAGAUAGGGAUGGUAACACAAAUGAUCACCAACAAAGGACUCGAAAAAGCGUCGAGACAGUUGCACAUGUCACCGCUUAGAGCGGCUGACAUGAACCCGACGACGGACGAUGAUGAUGAUGCCGAUGUCACUGCCACCGCCGCCGAGGAACAGAAGCAACACUGCCUCCCACGUCCAUAUCCGCGUGCACCUGCUUACAUGGCACCGGAAGUAGAUUAUACCGGAACAGGUGAACGGCCAGUGGAGAUGUCACAGGCUGAGGAAAACCUGCCAGUAUUUGGGAACGUCGAUAGUCCAUCCACGAACUAUGACGGUCAAGAGUUUGGAAACUAUCCCCGCAGCUCGAAAUCGGUUUCCGAACGUCCGAGGGGCAGACGUGCACCUACUUACGUGGCACCAGAAGUAGACAAUACCGGAACAGGUGAACGGCCAGUGGAGAUGUCACAGGCUAAGGAGGAUCUGCCAGUAUUCGAGAAUGUCGAGAGUCCAUCCAUGAUCUAUGGCGGCCAGGAGUUUGGACUGUUCGGAGACUACCCCCGCAGCUCAAAAUCGGUUUCCGAACGUCCGAGGGUCAGACGCGUCAAGUCUCAGAAGAAAAGGCUGGAAGACUAGUCCGAUGGUUGUGUCCCAAGUAUAAAUUCCUAUGACCAACGAGCGGUUAUCAUUAUACGGAAUAAUCCUAUACGAUUUUAUAUAUAACUAUAAAACACAAAAUAAAUCAAUAAAAAAACCCCUUUACAACUACUUUGAUACUUAUCUAAUAUAAUAUAUAAUAUUUUAACUUAGAACUUGACUUACAUAAUCAAUACAUACAGUAUUGGGCUUAUCUAGAUAAAUAAUAAGUGAUUGUUAUACUGAAUAAUAUUAUAUACUAUACGGAUAACAAUCUAUAAUAUAAUGCAUAUAAAUAAGUUUAUUUUGUCUGUGAAAAAUAAAAUACAGAAAUAAUAAUUUACAAAACAAA